AUGGGUUCCGUGGCCAACUCUCACUAUGCCCUCUCCCAGGCGCACAAAGAGAUGCUCGAAAAAUCUCUGGUCGAAUCCGACCCGGAGAUUGCGGCGAUCAUGGAGAAGGAAAUCAAACGCCAACGCGAGUCCGUCAUCUUGAUUGCCUCCGAGAACGUCACCUCCCGCGCUGUCUUCGACGCCUUGGGCUCGCCCAUGUCCAACAAGUACUCCGAGGGAUACCCCGGAGCACGAUACUAUGGAGGAAACCAGCACAUUGACGCCAUGGAAUUGACGUGCCAGAAGAGAGCAUUGGAGGCUUUCCAUCUCGACCCGGAGAAGUGGGGUGUCAAUGUGCAGUGCUUGAGCGGCAGUCCUGCCAACUUGCAGGUGUACCAAGCCCUUAUGAGACCACAUGACAGACUGAUGGGGCUGGAUCUGCCGCACGGAGGACAUCUGAGUCACGGCUACCAGACACCUCAGAAGAAAAUCUCCGCUGUAUCCACCUACUUCGAGACGUUCCCGUACCGAGUCAACCUCGAGACCGGAAUCAUCGACUACGACCGACUUGAGGAGAACGCAUUGAUGUACCGCCCCAAGUGCAUUGUGGCCGGAACAUCCGCGUACUGCCGUCUGAUCGACUAUGCGCGCAUGCGCCAGAUCGCCGACAAGGUCGGAGCAUACCUGAUUGUCGACAUGGCCCAUAUUUCCGGCUUGAUUGCUGCUGGAGUCAUCCCUUCACCUUUUGAAUAUGCCGACGUUGUCACCACGACCACUCACAAAUCUCUCCGUGGUCCACGUGGAGCCAUGAUCUUCUUCCGCAAGGGUGUCCGCAGCACUGAUCCCAAGACCGGCAAACAGGUUCUGUACGACCUCGAGGGUCCUAUCAACUUCUCCGUCUUCCCCGGUCACCAAGGUGGUCCUCACAACCACACCAUCACCGCGUUGGCGGUUGCUCUGAAGCAGGCCGCCACUCCCGAGUUCCGCGCCUACCAAGAGCAAGUGAUCAAGAACGCCAAAGCUCUGGAAGUCGAGUUCAAGAGACUUGGAUACAAGCUCGUCUCGGACGGAACGGACUCGCACAUGGUUCUUCUCGAUCUGCGUCCACAGCAUUUGGACGGUGCCCGAGUCGAGGCCGUUCUCGAGCAGAUCAACAUCGCCUGCAACAAGAACAGUAUCCCCGGCGACAAGUCCGCCCUGACCCCGUGCGGCAUCCGUAUCGGUACGCCAGCCAUGACGUCGCGUGGAUUCAGUGAGGAAGACUUCAAGCGCGUUGCCCAGUACAUUGACCAGAGCAUCCAGCUCUGCAAGAAGAUCCAGAGCGAGUUGCCCAAGGAUGCCAACAAACUCAAGGACUUCAAAGCCGCCGUCGCCAACGACAGUGUUCCGGAGAUCCCUAAACUGAGACAGGAGAUUGCGCAAUGGGCCUCGAGCUUCCCUCUGCCGGUGUAA